AGGACGCAGGAACCGUCCGCUCACUUCACCGAACUAAAGCAGCAGCCAAUCAGCGCCGCGCUCAGCAUCAGCACCAGCAGCUGGAUGCAGAACCGGUUCCCGUGGACUAGUGGAAGCUGCUUCCUCUCUGGUUCCGACCCGGACUCGGAGUUGCGGUACUUUGCGGUAUAAACGCACCGCUGCGCCACCGACCCUCCGCCUCUCUGCGGCUCCUCUGAAGCGGGCUGAAGUGAACUUCGGUUCGGAUCGGAACCUCGUCGUGUGUUUUUUAGUGUCUUUGUGCCGCUGCCCCCCUCCCCCGCUGCCUCACCCUCCGUGACUCAAACCGCUGCAGAACCAUGUCUGCCCCAGACGCUGCCGCCCCUCCAGCCGGAGCCCCCGGAGCCCCUGGAGCCCCCGGAGCCGAUGGAGCUCCGGCCGGAGCUCCAGCUGGACCCCCCAACACCAGCAGCAACCGCCGGCUACAGCAGACUCAGGCCCAGGUGGAGGAGGUGGUGGACAUCAUGCGGGUGAACGUGGACAAAGUCCUGGAGAGAGACCAGAAGCUGUCGGAGCUGGACGACAGAGCCGACGCUCUCCAGGCCGGAGCCUCCCAGUUCGAAAGCUGCGCAGCCAAGCUAAAAAACAAAUACUGGUGGAAGAACUGCAAGAUGAUGAUCAUGAUGGGAAUCAUCGGAGUCAUCGUGGUUGGAAUCAUCUUCUUAUAUUUCUUCCACUGAGCUCCUGGAACUGGACCGAGGAUGAAACGAGGAGAACAAAAAGAACCCAGACGCCUCCUUUCAGUCCUCCUCCACUCCAUCACCUCCUCCUCCUCCUCCUCCUCCCAGUCUUCCAUCCUGCUCUCUAGCGUCGUCUGUCUGCGUCUCUCGGCCUCCUGCUCCUCUCCUCCUCAUGUUUUAUGAAGGAGGAGACGAAGAACAAGGGGAGAGAUGGCCGACACGCGAAGAAGAACAUCUCUGGGGUGAAACGCCAAAGCUUCUCCAUCCUCCUCCUCCUCCUCCUUUUUUGAUUCCUCCUUCCUUUGUAAAUCUAGACUAACCUCCUCCCGCUACAUCCCUACUAACACCGCUCACGUUUAGAUUAAGAUUAUUUCGUGUGUAGUCGUGAUCCGAAGCAUCGCAGCCGUCAAGCUUUUAGGCUUUUAUUAGUCCCCCGUUCCCUCACCGGUCUCAGAGACUGAAAGGACAAGCGGGAGUUUGUGCAGCGUAGAUUUCCUGCGAGAAGUCGGGAGUCGAUUUUAGUCGUAAAUUAAAGACACCAAGAGACAAUCCGACCCAGAAGGCCACAGCCAUAGACGGAUGAAUGUGCAGCUUCACGUUUGAACGGGUUGUCGGAGUGUUUUAAGUUGGAGAAGAUUCGCCGCCCUGGAGCCACGUCGUUCCUUUUCCCGCUCCAGGUGUUUCCUACCUGCAUGGCCGACGUGUCCAUAGUCCCGCCUCUUCGUGUGACCUUCUGUGUAUCUGCCAUUUUCUGAAUCUUACUGCCGAUUGUACAUUUUCCUCCGUUCUAGUGGUUUAAAGGACCUGUGUAUAUGUCUUUCUGAUCAAUAAUUACUGCUUAUGCAACGCAACAAGGCUCGAGAAGUUUGCCAAAUGUUUGUUUCUUUUUUGUCAAGAGUCACUCGCUUUUGAGAGAGAAACGGCUGCAGUUUUCAGGUUUGUCGCAUUAACUGCGGUUCAUUUUGCUUUCUGUGGACUGAUUCUGAGAUGAAAAUCUGAAAAAAAAAACCAACUUUACAUGCAAAGUGCAUUAACGCAGAACUGUAGCAGCGAGAGGAGACGAUGUGGUGAAACCGAGCGACAGUUUUAUCAGGUAACAACUGGAGUUUGUUGAUUUAUGACCUGAAGAGACGGAAAAAGAUGCACCUGGAUUUGAGAAAACUAAUGCAUGUUUACCACUUUUGCUGAUGCCAAUAAAGAAACUACGAACUGAA